CUUGUUUGCUUGUUAGUGUUGUCAGAGUCCAUGGUUAGCAGUGUGUCAAUCACGGUGGAGGUCAGCCAGGUGGAAUCAACAGUCGAAACUGCCCCCCUGGUCUUUAGUUUACCCUGGCAAGCCAUCUGGGUUGUAAGACAAAACCACAGACACUGAGCAGUCACCCACCUUUCUUGCUCGACCGCACAGAGACUUUAGAGAGCAAGGGCCAUUUCACAUGCGUUUCUCUUUCACAUGGUAACAUCACAUUCCUGUACCACUUUCCUCUGGCUAAAGCAUUUGAGUUGUACGAGUUAGGUGUCAGCUACGUUGUAUCAUACUCAUAGAGAAAGCACCGUUAUCGACGGCAUUCUAAUUCUACCUCCAUGAUCUCACGUACUGGAAGAGCAUUUUCUUAAACUUGCAUUUUUGUCUGAUGGAAAGGACCCCAUUAUAAGUGUAAUACCCAACCAUGGAAUUCAAGGCAUUCUGCUGCACUGUUUCGUUGGCAGUAUUCCUGCUUCUUGUCAGACACACCGAAAGUCAAACGACUGAUGGCCAGAUCGACGUUUCGUUCACGACAUCUUCAUCAAAUUUGACACUCCUGACAGAUGUCGAAUCGAUGACAAACGUGUCAGCACCAGAAGUUGAUGACAUGCAUGAUGAGGAAACCACGACUGAUGAAGCAACGACUACGGAUGAUGCGAUUCUUGAGGAAAUAACUUUCGGUGACAAUUUGGAGCAAGCCGGACCAUCUGAGGAGGGCCUUCAGCCGGUCUUGAAUGUUAGUGCAAACGCGUCAUUAACAGGAAAUAAUAACAGUACAGAGGGCCCCAAAACACCGGCCAGUGAAACAGCGGGGACGUCACCCACAGCGGCACCCAUCACAGCGACAACCAUCACAGCGACACCCACAACGACACUCACAGCGACACCCACAACGACACUCACAACGGCACCCAUCACAACGGCACCCACAACGGCUGCACCAACGACUACAAUAGCCACAACGGUUGUUCAAACAACAGUUGAGCCGUGUGUAUUUGACAACGGUGGCUGCUCAGACAUGUGCUUGCCUGACGGGGAAGGUGGCUACGAAUGCCGGUGCUUCGAUGGCUUCCAGUUGGGUCAAGACGGGAAAAAUUGCGAAGAUGUGAAUGAGUGUCUGAGCACCCCAUGUGAUUCGACCCAAGAAUGCUACAACAUUGUUGGAAACUACGUCUGCCUGUGUGCUCUGGGAUAUAUUGAGCUUGAUUAUGAAUACUGUGAAGAUGAAAACGAAUGUUUGUACAGUCCAUGUGGGGAUAAUGCAGGCUGCAGGAAUACUCCAGGCUCUUAUGACUGUCUGUGUUUCCCUGGAUUCAUUUCCACCCCAUCAGGGAUAUGUGAAGAUGUGAAUGAGUGUGAGUUUCCAGCCUUAUGGGAGACUCGAUGCGGAGCAGACUCGUACUGUAUCAACACCGCUGGUUCCUUUGAGUGUGGAUGCUACACGGGAUAUGCUGCAUUACCUGGUGCUGGCUGCCAGGAUGUAGACGAGUGCAUAUUUCAGGAUGUUUGCUCUGGCGAGGGGUCGGUUUGCGUGAACACCGAGGGCAGUUUUAGAUGUAACUGCGACAUUGGUUAUGAAUACGCAGCGGAGGGCCAGCCAGGGUGUCAAGAUGUUAAUGAGUGUGAAGCAGACGGUGUCUGCCCAGGGCUUUCUACCUGUGAGAAUCUCCCAGGAUCCUAUUUCUGUAGCUGCCCAGCCGGGUUCAUUGCUGAUGGAGACCAUUGUGAAGAUAUAAAUGAGUGUGAAACCGAGGUUGCCGACUGCCACGCGCUUGCUAGAUGUGGCAAUUUGAUUGGUUCCUACUUCUGCCAGUGUUUAACUGGCUACCAUGGAGACGGAAGGACAUGUUAUGAUGCCGAUGAGUGUGUUCUGAACAAUGGUGGAUGUAUGCAAAUCUGCAUUAAUACCCAAGGGAGCUUCAAGUGUGAAUGUUAUACUGGCUACACCAUGGAGUCAAAUGGGGCUGAAUGUUUAGAUAUUGAUGAAUGUCUUGAAGAUCAAAUGUGUCAUCAACACUGUGAGAAUACUCUGGGGUCGUUCAGGUGUACCUGUGAUGCAGGGUACCAGCUACAUGCUGAUGACAUCACAUGUGUAGAUAUUGACGAGUGCAAACUUCACAAUGGUGGAUGUGAAGAGACGUGCAUCAACACACAAGGAUCAUAUAAUUGCGAAUGUGGUCCAACAAGGUACUUCAUUAUCAACAGCACCACUCACUGCCAAGAUAUCACAACAUGCGAUGUAAAGAAUGGAGCUUGUGCACAGCUGUGCAGGGUUGAUCAGCGAGGGUUGACGUGUGACUGCAGAGCGGGAUAUGUACUGGGUGAUAAUGGACGCCACUGCAUUGACGUUGAUGAGUGUAAGGAUGCAAAUGGUGGAUGUGAGCAACACUGUAGAAAUAAAGACGGUGGUUACCAGUGUGAAUGCCGUCAUGGGUACCAGGUCAGCCCACGCAGCAGCCAUCGUUGUGAAGCAACUUGUGAGCCAGCGUGUCGUAACUAUGGUGUUUGUGCUGGACCCAACCGCUGCGUUUGUUCUGCAGGAUAUGGAGGCGAACUUUGUGGCACUCCUACGUGUAACCCUGCGUGUUCUCACGGUGGUACCUGCAUGCGUAGGAAUCGGUGUAUGUGUGCACCAGGCUACUCUGGUAAAGCGUGUCAAACAGCGCAAUGUGACUUGCCAUGUCAGAACGGUGGGCGUUGUAUUGGACCCAAUGAGUGUCAAUGUCCAUCCAGCUAUGAAGGACCCCAGUGCCAAAAACCUUCUUGCGUGCCAGCUUGUUUAAACGGAGGAACUUGCCUCAAUGUAAAUUUUUGCAUUUGUCCAGUAGGCUUCAGAGGGUCACGCUGCCAAACAGCUAUAGCAAGAUGUUUUCAGACUUGCUUAAACGGCGGUCGAUGUGUUGGAUUAAACCAGUGUACAUGUCCGUCAACGCACAGUGGUUCUCGCUGUCAAACAUUGAAGAUGACAGAUUGUCGGCCUAAGUGUCGUCAAGGUGGUACCUGCUUACCCGGCAAUAGGUGUGCAUGUCCAACAGGAACCGGAGGAUCUCACUGUCAGAAGAGAACAUGCCCCUUUGAGACAUAUAUGAAGUCAGUGAUAAAGAGUGUAAGAAGGAAUGCAAAGGAGCAAGUGACUGUUCCGUGUGGACCAUUCGGCUGGAGAAAGUGCACAGAAUUUCGGACUGUGUACAGAUUUGAGUACGUCACUCAGUAUACGUCAGGCUACAGAACUGCUUGCCCCAAGUGAAGAAAAUGUUGUAGAUAAGGCUGUGCUCUUCAUACAAACAGGUUCUGUCAGCAUAUUAGGGAGGAAGAUGUAUGAUGAAGAAAAAACUUAAUUAAAUAUAAAACUUAUCAAUAACAGAAUUUGGUCAACAAUCCAUUUUAUCCGGUGAUUUGAAAAAAAGUAAAAUCUUUUCUCCGGUCAUCUGCAUAUUUUCUUGUUGGAGUUGUUUCUUUGGGGUAAAAAAGUACUUUUUCAUUUUUUUUUUUUUUUAAUGAAAACUAAUGAGCCAUAGUGGCUGCAAAUUUAUGCCGGCAAGACUUAACCUUUUUCCAUUUCAUGUCAAAGGUCAUAUGUGAUAAGUUCUCAAAUUUUCACUUUCCCAUUCUGAGUUAAACAUUCUAUCUGUGAUAACUGGAAACAAACGUUUGAAAUGGAUUUCAUUUCUUACACCAUCUCAGCUUCCUGGGAAGUAUAGCCUGUGCUGCUAUAGUAUGUGGCUCAUCAGAAUAGCUUAAUCAAUGUAACGGACCAUUAUCUGCCCUUGCAGUUACCCGUUUACUCCAUAAAUAUUUAGUAGCAAUCAACUGUACAUGUGGCUGUUUUUAUAGCAGCAUUCCAACGCCCACCCUAGACAUUCCCAAAAGUUGCCUCCAGGGGAAUCCGUGGGGGAUUAGAAAUUGUUGACAUACUUUCAUUGAUUUCUAAUCAACUAGCGCACUUCAGACAUAUAACUUUGCAGAAAGCUUACUAUCGUAACCAGUAGGUUGUGUGAUAACAAUUACACAAUUUCUGUUUGGGGUAAUUACCAAAGUAUGACCCUACUUUUCAAUGUUACAUGAUGCUUAGAUAACAAUUACACAAUUUUAUUUUGGGGGUAGUUACAAAAAGUAUGACCA